GCUCCUGAGGGGUGUUCCCGGCCGUGCCGUCCCAGCGGGCCGUGCAGCGCCAUGGCGGCCGGGCGGGAGCGGGCCGUGCGCCUCCUCAGGCAGCUGCAGCGGGCGGCAUGUCGGUGCCCGACUCACAGCCACACUUAUUCCCAAGUUCCUGAACGGGCAACCCUGAGAAAUACAGACUAUGCAUUUGAGAUGGCCAUUUCAAACAUCCGCUAUGGAGAAGGAGUCACUAAAGAGAUUGGCAUGGACCUGCAGAAUCUGGGUGCUAAAAGAGUUUGUUUGAUGACGGAUAGAAACCUCUCCCAACUGCCUCCUGUAGAUGCAGUGUUGAAUUCCUUGACAAAAUCUGGUAUAAGCUUUCAGAUGUACAACAACGUCCGGGUGGAGCCAACAGACCAGAGUUUCUUGGAUGCCAUUGAAUUUGCUAAAAAGGGGGGAUUUGAUGCCUACGUUGCCGUUGGAGGUGGGUCUGUGAUAGACACCUGUAAGGCUGCCAACCUGUAUGCCUCCAGCCCUACCUCAGACUUCUUGGAUUACGUCAACGCUCCUAUAGGGAAGGGAAAGGCUGUCACUGUGCCCCUUAAGCCACUUGUUGCAGUGCCUACAACAGCUGGCACUGGAAGUGAAACCACUGGUGUUGCCAUUUUUGACUUCAAAGAGCUUAAAGUGAAAACUGGUAUUGCUUCAAGAGCCAUCAAGCCUACACUGGGCAUCAUUGAUCCUUUGCACACACUGUCUAUGCCUGAGAGAAUAGUGGCCAACAGUGGCUUUGAUGUGCUUUGCCAUGCUCUUGAAUCAUACACGGCUCUUCCAUACAAUAUGCGCAGUCCCUGCCCUUCAAAUCCAAUCAACAGACCAGCUUACCAAGGCAGCAACCCCAUCAGCGAUGUCUGGGCUCUUCAUGCUCUACGCAUCGUAGCUAAAUAUUUGAAAAGAGCCAUCAGAAACCCUGAAGACCGUGAAGCAAGAGCCAACAUGCACCUUGCAAGUGCUUUUGCUGGUAUCGGCUUUGGCAACGCUGGCGUUCAUCUCUGCCACGGAAUGUCUUACCCUAUUUCUGGUUUGGUCAAAACUUAUAAACCAAAGGAUUAUAACGUGGAUCACUCUUUAGUGCCACAUGGCCUUUCUGUGGUGCUGACAUCCCCAGCAGUGUUUGCUUUCACAGCACAGGUACAUCCUGAGCGGCACUUGGAAGCUGCAGAGAUAUUAGGAGCUGACAUCCGCACUGCCAGAAUCAAAGAUGCGGGGUUGAUUUUGGCAGACACGCUCCGGAAAUUCCUGUUUGAUCUGAAUGUUGAUGAUGGCUUAGCUGCAAUCGGUUAUUCUAAAGCAGACAUCCCUGCGUUAGUCAAAGGCACUCUGCCUCAGGAGAGAGUGACUAAACUGUCACCACGUCCCCAAACAGAAGAAGACUUAUCUGCCCUCUUUGAGGCCUCCAUGAAGCUUUAUUAGCUUAAACACUACGCUCAGAAGUGUGCUCUUUUCUAACACAAAGAUAUUUGUCUUUUAGAUCUAUCUGAAGUAUGCAGAGAAGGAAUGAAUACAGAAUAAAGCAUGGUUGCACACUGAGCAGGAACCACGUAACAGCAAGACAUCAUCCAUCACAGUCAUUUUGUCUCUGUGUUCCCCUUUCCUGCUGCGUUCUGUGGAAAGAAACUAUCGACUGUAUCUUGCUUCUGUGGGAAAGAAUUGCUUCUGCUGAACCUCUGCAGGUGCUGCCAUUCAGAGCACAGCCACCAGCUUGAGGAAGUGGCACUGCGCUGUGGUUCACUAUUAACAAGUGGCAGUGUAGCAUACGGCUGCGAGUGCCCCACUGGGAGCGCUGGUUAGACGUGGGAAUGAGUGUGCACGUUCAGAGCAGUUAACCAGCUGGUUGGUUGUCAACUGAGAAAGGGAAGUGGGAAAGGGAGAAAUGAAACUCAGAUUUUAAUAUUAUAUAUAUAUAAUUUUAUUCUUUUUUUAAGUGUACAUGGUUGUGCGUACAGUUCAUUUAAAUCGGGUUCUGCUUUACGUUGGUCCAUUUCAGCAUCAGAUGCAUGCAGUGAGUACAGCACAAGACAAACACAGGAACCCCUUAACCUCUGGUGUUAGGAAGGGGGCAGUUCUUCAGUCUGCCUGCUGAAGCUGAAGGCUCUAUACACACACCUUUGUGCUUUUGUGUUGAUCUGCUAAAAUUAGCACUAACCUGGGAUCUGAUGACAAGUAUGUCCCAGACGUUGGCAUCAGGUCUGCUUCAUUGUUCAGUUAAAGCAGGUAGGGGGCUGCUGGUUGGAGACCAAAGACAUUUGUAACAAUAGAAUGGGUUCAGUGGCCAUAGGGGCUGCACUGCUAAAAUGCCACAGCCUGUUCUGGAAAGCACGUAUAUUUUCCAUGUACUCCUGAAUCUUCUCCUCUGCUGGAUUUGCUCAGAGUAACCUCUAUCACAAACACUGCCUUCAUAAUAAGUGGUGAGGGAUUCAUUUUAUCCAGGCCCUGGUCCUUUCCAUCUUCCCAUUUCGGUGCUGACUAUCCCAGCAGUUAGAGCAAAAGAAGAAAAAGCAGAAGACAGGUAACUAAUAUGGCUCAAUCUCUGAAAACUCUCACAGUUGUCCUGUGUGAAUAAAAGUGGAGGAAACUGCAGGUAAGUCUGUGUGAAUGCUCAUCCCUCAUUGCAUUGUGCUAACCUCAAGGCAGUGCAUCAAAGCUGUUGUUUUGGUUGGCUUUCCACACCCCUGAGACCUGAAAAAACACAAUUACUGUGGAGACUAGCUACAGAGCAGGUAAGACUGCACUGGGCAAGGAAUCUGGAGUAGGAAAAGCCAAAAGAAAAGCUCUUUUUCCUUAAGAAAACAGUGAUUGUGGCUAUGUACAUGAGAUCAAGCAGAAGCUUACUCCUUUGCUCUGAGUUUCUCAGUGAAACUGACACACAGAAAGAAAAAAGAAAAAGAAAGACAUAUCACCAGGAAAGCUUCAGCUCCCUUAUGUUCUCUUAAAUGCAGCACUUGAGAAUGCAGUUUUAUACCUUGCCAGUUUAGGGCUCCCAUUAGAUAAAACAUAAAAAAGCCAUUCAUCUUCUCUUUGUGCCAUUGCGCUGAGACAGCUGUCACAAGAGAGUUUCUACACAAGAGCAGAAGCAUCAUGCAGCCAAAUAGCAACAGUAAGAGGAAGGAUCAUUUUGAUGUAGCUCAGUGGAGUUAAUUCAAGGCCUUAAGUUAACUGCUUUCCUAUCAACAGCAGAGGGAAUUAAAAAAUAAAUGCUCUUGCCAUGAAGAGGCACAGCCAGGUAAUAACAGAGGAAAUGUGGUAUAUCCUUCCGAGAGUGCUGGCCACUGACAUCACACUGCAGAGCCUGGUUCUGCUAUUGAUGUGGGCAGCACGAGUCAACCUGUACAAUCAUAGACUCGCUGAGGUUGGAAAGAUCACUAAGGUCAUCUAGUCCAGCCAUCGGCCCAUCAGCACCAUGCAGACUAACCCAUGGCGCUCAGUGCAACACCUGCCCUUUCCUUGAACUCCUUCAGGGAUGGCAGGUCACUCAACCUCGUCCCUGAGCAGCCUGUUCCAGUGCCUCAAUCCAGCGGCAACAGGAACUGUGCUGUGGGCUCAGCUCCCUUACAUGAUUAAUUUGAUCUAAGACUGCUGCAUCAUGAAAUAUAUAUCAUAGCAAAAACACGAGUUUAUUGAUGUGGAAUUUCUUCUCUGUGUUCACUGGCUUGUAGUGACUUUGACCCACUUUAACAAUACGCUGGAGCUGUUAGUGGGAUGCGCUGAGUGUUUGACCAUACAGCCUUAAAUUAGCAACUUGACAUUGAAAUGCUGAUUUACACCUGCAGUCAAAUGGAUAACACAUGUUAAAGACCGAUUGUCAGCAGCUCCAAUACAUUAUUGCUUCAUUC